ACGAUCAAGAUGUCUGUGAUAGCUGGCGCGAUGAAAACGUUCAGCUGUUUGCCUUUAAAUUUUUGUUUGUUUUGACACUAGGACGUCAAAGAAUUAGUGUAUGAUAGUGAAAUUAGUGUUUAAAAAUGAUAACCUCAAUCAUCUCAAGAUUAGUAAUAUUGCUGUUCGGUACCCUGUAUCCCGCUUAUGCUUCGUACAAGGCUGUGAGGACGAAGAACGUGAAGGAAUACGUAAAAUGGAUGAUGUACUGGAUAGUCUUCGCCCUCUUCACGUGCAUAGAGACCUUCACAGACGUAUUUCUUAGUUGGUUUCCAUUUUACUAUGAGAUCAAAAUCGUGCUGGUCAUAUGGUUGCUAUCCCCAGCAACAAAGGGGUCCAGUAUUUUAUACAGAAAAUUCGUACACCCCAUGCUUAGCUCUAGGGAACAGGAAAUAGAUGAAUACAUCACGAAAGCCAAGGAGCAGAGCUACAGGCAGGUCUUGGACCUCGGAACGAAGGGCAUGUCGGCCCUCAUGCAAACGGCUAUCAAGGGUGGCGGCGGCAUCGUGAACCAGCUGAAGAAGAGCUACAGCCUGAGCGACCUGACCGACCCCGACCAUGACUCGGGCCGCGACGAGACCGACGUCCUCAUCACCGAUCCCCGUCUCGUCCGGCGUCGCCGCAGCCCUCACAGGUCAUCUUCGUCCACUUCGGCCAUCUACUUCUCCGAAGUGGACGUAAGGGCGGACCGUAUUUCUUCCAUACAGUCGGCUGAGGACAUCUCCUCCGGCUACUCCAGCGGGGAGGGGCUGUACUCGGGCCAACCCCCCAGGCUGCUCGCCAGAGAAGGUCUCCAGCGGACCGGCUCGCUUACCAGAUCUCGCACCACCAGGGUUACCAGGUCGACGGUCCUGAAGAAGAGCGGAGGAAGCGACGACAGUGACGAAAACGAGGUUUUCGACACCAACAUAGUCUUCUUCAACGACAAGGCCAAAAAGAUCGACAAACUGAUCGAAGACCCGGCCGAGUCUUCCUCAAGUGAGGCCGAAUUUUUGGAUACGUUAGAUACUUUGCAUGACAAUAAAAAAAUAGGUGAAGAUUUAAAUAAUUUUAACACAAUUAUUGAUGGUAAAAGUCCGUUAUUAACAGCAUGCGUGGACGCCCAACAAAAAUUGGAUGCGAAUUGUAGUUUAACAAACUAUUCUUCUCUUACACCUUCUCUUAAUAGUACCGUUGAUCCUACUGAAGAAAAAAAUUUAAACGUCGAAGAUAAGUUGGAUAUACUGAAUAUAACGAAAGAUGUAAAAAGCUUCACGAACUUUCUACAAAAUCUAAUCGAAGCCAAAGCUGAAAAACAGGAAACCAAAACGGAUCAGGAAGAGUUACUCAACAUCGACAGAGAAACAAAAGAAGAGUCCAAUACAGAUAAAUUAAAAGACAACAAACUGAUGAACAUAUCAACAGACGAACGAAAAAACGAUGCUAGAGGUGGAAGAUACAAUAAAAAAGCCGCCCCUCCACCUCCUACACCAGAACAAUCAGCUGGCCCGAUCAAAGCGACGCUGAUCCUCAAACCGGGCGUGGUGAAGACCUUGGGACCAAAAGAAUCCCCUUGUAAGGAAGUCUUCAUUCAAUCACCAAAAUCCAAACGCAAGACUUCGGUCAAUAGAUCACCCUCUUCUGCAUCCACCUCUUCUUCCAACUCGCUUAGAAGCAAGCGCUCCUUCUCCAAACUAAUGAGACUACCCAAAAAGAUUGGUUUUUGGAAUAAAGACGAACUGUCAGUGCCGAAAACGACCGACAAGAGAGCAUCGUGGCACUGCUACUUCGACGAGGCGCCCAAGCCUCUGUCUGAUUCCAAAAUGCAAUCGAAGAGCUAUAACGACCUGGCUCAAAAUAAGAACUUAGACUUAGUGCAUGGUCCUAGCAUGUGCAAGAGCGGCAGUCAGCUGUCGGUUAAGAGUCUAGCGGACUCGCCUUUGGCCCGUAGAAGAUUGAAAAUAAUUAGGAGAUAUGUCGAUGAAGACAUCGACUAGAGUCUUCUCUCAGGAAAGUGCCACUCUCCCACGGGUUAAGAAGUCAGGAAAGAAAAAAACUAUAUGAAAAGUGCAUAUUCUAGCCAGGAUAUAUUUAAUUUAUGUGAUCAAUAUAAGAGUGUUUUAGAUUUAAGAGGCUUUGAUAGUUUUUUUAUAACCCGUUACCAGUUUCGUUUAGGCAUUUACUACAAGUGGAUCUGUCAAACUCGACCAAGAGGAAAGAUAUUAGAAACAGAGGAGAAAAUUCUAUGAGGAAAAUCGAUCUCUGUGUUAGUAUUAACAGUGAAUGCCUAUCCAGUGAUGUACACGACUUUAACAUAAAUUUAAGUAAAAAAAAAACUAACAAGGACCCUUAACCUUAUUUAUUUUAAGUUAUUUGUUCAGCUUACAGUUUUAUAUGGUUAAUUUUUUAUAUAAGAAGAGUAUAUUGAACGUUACAACCACUCGAAUGGCCGAUCAAUGCAUGGGGUGAUAUCGUUUGUCAUAUCUUUGUUAUUUAUUGUACUGAUGGAGGAGUGAGGUCUAUUAUGUGUAAUUUUAUUCUUAAGUAGCUCAUUUGUGCCGAGUUUUCUUGUUUGACUGAAGACAUUGGGCAAAUAAAAGAUUCUAAAGCGCGUU